AUGCCGGCCUCGAAGCAGAAACCGGCCCCCCCGGCGCCGCCGUCGCCUCGCAACAUCGCAAAAUACACAAACAAGGAUGGCUCAAAGUUCAUCACCGUCCCCAAAGGCACCGCCUCGGACUCGUCGCAGCCUUCGACCCCCACGACCUCGGCCAAGCCAAACGACCAGCCCGCCGCGCUCCUCGCCCUCGACGCUUCUGCUCCGACCGUGAACCGCAAGAAGCAAAAGCGCCGUCAAAAGGCGGCGGCAAAGGCGGCUGCUGAGCUGGCGGCAAACGGGCACGCAAACUCUGCGCCCGGUCCGCUCAACCCGCAGGAUGACCCCGUUGGUGACCAUGACGCCGUCACUAGUGAUGACGAGGCUGACGACCCCGCCGCCCACGGCGUCUCGUCCCGUUUCGGCCCCAACGGUCACCCUGAUCUGCCCACGGCCAAGUCGAAGAAGAACAAGAAAAAGAAGAAAAAGAACGCCGGAGUCGACGCCGCCGGGGAGACGCCCUCGGCGACAACGGCAGAGAGCCCCGUCAACGCCCCUGUCGUCACGCGCGGUCCGGGCAUGUCUCGGGACAAAAUCUGGAGCACGAGCAACCACGAGGAACGCGAGCGAAUCAAAGAAUUCUGGCUCGGGCUGGGAGAGGAGGAGCGCAAGUCCCUGGUCAAGGUGGAAAAGGACGCCGUCCUCAGGAAGAUGAAGGAGCAGCAGAAGCACACCUGCAGCUGCACCGUGUGCGGCCGGAAGAGGACCGCCAUCGAGGAGGAGCUAGAGGGGCUCUACGACGCCUACUACCUGGAGCUGGAGCAAUUCGCGAACCAAGGAGAGGGCCCCCCCUUGCUGCCGCCGCCGCCGCGAGACUUUCCGAUCCGGCCCCCUCGGCGCCUGCCGGCUCGGUACGCGACCCAACCGCCCUCGCACGGCCGAAUCGUCGAACACGUCGGCGACGAGGACGAGGAGGAGCUCGACGAGGUCUAUAGCGAAGACGAGGUUGACGGAGACGAGUUUAGCGACGACGAGCCCCCCGAAGAGUUCCACAGCGCUCACGACCGAGACGUUGCCGAUUUCCUGACGUUUGGGAACAGCCUGCAGGUCAAGGGCGGCAUUCUCACCGUGGCGGAUGAUCUCCUCAAAAACGACGGAAAGCGCUUCAUCGAGAUGAUGGAGCAGCUCGCCGAACGAAGGAUGGCCCGCGAGGAGGAUGCGAGGGAGCACUUCUCACGCACCUUCGGUCACCCCAACGGCUCAUACUCGGCUCCUCAUAACCAUCCACCUCCAGAGGAGGACGAGUAUGAGGAAGAGGAAGAGGAAGAGGACGACUAUGAGGACAGCCAAGAAGAGGAGUAUGAGGACGAAGAGGAUCAAAUGACCGAGGAGCAACGGAUGGAAGAGGGCCGCCGGAUGUUCCAAAUCUUCGCCGCCCGCAUGUUCGAGCAGCGAGUCUUGUCCGCGUACAAGGAAAAGGUGGCCAAGGAGCGACAGCAGAAGUUGCUGGAAGAGCUCGAGGAGGAGAGCCGCCAGGUCGACGAGCAAAGGGCCAAAAGGGCCAAGAACGCGCAGAAGAAGAAGGACAAGGCGGCCCAGAAGAAGCAGGUCCUCGCCGAGGAAAAGGCCCGAAGGGAUGCGGAGCGGAUCGCCGAGGAAACCGCGCGGGUCGAGGCCGAGCAAAGAAAGGCCGCCGAGCAGAGGCAAAAGGCCGAGGAGAAGCGACGCCAGAAGGAGGCCCAGCGCAAAGCGGAGGAGGAGGCACGCCUAAAGAAGGAGGCCGAGCGGCAACGGCGGCUCCACGAACAGCGCGAGAAGCAGGCCGAGCAGGAGCGCAAGGUCCGCGAGGCCAAGGAGCGCGAACGACAGCAACGCGUGGAGCAGCGGCUGCGGGAAAAGGAGCUCCGGGAACAGCGAGAGCGAGAGGCCCAGGAGCGAAAGGACAAGCAAGAGCGCGACAAGCGGGAAAAGGAGGCCAGGGCCACGGCGGCCAAGGCGCAGAGGGAAGCCCAGGCAGCGGCGGGCGCGCGGGAAAGGCGCGGGCAGCAUCAGCACCAUCCCGUCUCGAUCCCGACGAUCCCGGUGGCCACGCCAGCCAUUCCCAAGGCGCCGACGCCGAUGCGGACGCGGACCAUGUCGCAGCAGCAGCAGCAAGCCCAGCAGCAGGAAACGGGCCAGGCGAGCUCGGCAGCGUCGCAGGCCGCCUCAGGGCCGAGCCAGAACCCUUCGCCUCACUCGGCAACACCAGUCCGCGCCAGCCCCGGGCCCAUCGGACAGGAACGCAAAGCCAGCGGGGGCGCGCCACCGCAGCCGCAGCCUCAACACCUGUCACCGCAAAACUCGCACCCGAAGCCUCCCAGCCAGACGCCGCCUUUCCAGGUGCCUCCCAUGGCCAUGCAGCCACCCCCAGGACUGGCGCACCAGCGGCCGCCGGGGUUCCCGGGCCCGAUGGCUCAUGAUCCCCUGUUCUCGCUCGGAUUCCGACCCGGACCCAACGUGAUGAUGCCCCCGCCGGGCAUCAACGGGCCAGGCGGCCCACCCGGCGUCGAGCAGUUCCCGCUGGCUCAAGGGUUCGCCAUGCCCAAGGAGAUUCCGCCGCCGACCCACCCGAUUGGGAGACCCGCACCCAUCGGGCGGCCGGGCAGCAUAUCGCACGGGCUGCCACGAGACGACGACGACAAUCCCAAGCGGCUGGGAAGCCGAGUCCUCGUGGAAGACGACGAACCGCUGUCAUCGGACGUGAACCUGGGCAGUCUGCGCCACCAUCCCCCUGGUCCCCGAGGAGGAGGGUUCGCGACGAGUCCCUUUAUGGACGCGGGUUUCCCGGUGGGGCACAGCCCCUGGGGGCUUCCAGGUGCCGGGGCGCAACCGUUUCCCCCGCCCGGCUUCGGCACGGCCGCCUGGGGCUCUCCGACGAUUCCGCCCGGAUUCAGCGUCGGAUCGCCGGCUCCGGGCCUGGGCUCGAUUCGCGCCUCGGCCCAGCCCCGACACGUUGCGGUGCGGCUGAUGCUGUGCCAGGCCUGCAAAGACCUGGCAAGUACAAGCAGCGCCGACGCGGAUGGAUACAUUGACCUGGGGACCAUCAAGUCGCAGAUCGAGGCGCAGACGGGCGAUGCGAGCAUCAUGGAGCAAGACCUGCUGAACCUGUGCGACACCGAGGGCAACGGGUCGAACGGGGGCGGGACGUUUGACGUCCGGCGCGGCGCUGGCUCGACGGGCACGCCCGCGAUCCGAUGGGCACCCGACGCCGGCGAUGGCCUCAACCCCCACUUCCGCGCGCAAAGCUCCGGCGAGGCGGGCGAGCGGCUCCAAAACUGCAGCCCCUCGAAGCGCAUGACGUUGCUGGAGCGCAUCGGCAUCACAAGCCGGGGCGCGGCGACGAGGCCCCUGUCGAUGGGCCUCGGCAACGGCGCCGAGCGACGGGCGGCGUCUACAUCGGUCAACGACGCGGCCGUUGCGGGACGAAGCAGCGUGACGCGACGCGCGGCCUAUGCGACGCGCGAGGUCGACACUUGGGGGGCGUUUUAUAAUGUCGGGAGCAGCUCGCGGCGUUUUCAGAGCGAGCUUUGA